ACUACUGCUUUUCGUCAUCACGGUGACUUCGUGCUCUCUCUCUCGUUUCUCUCUUCUCUCUCUCUGGAAAUUGUGACCGGCGCCAACCGGAGAUCGGAGUCUCGCCGGAGAAUCGAAACUCUACGAAUUGGCCCGAAUCGUGCAAGUCGGAGAAAACGAUGAAGGUUUUUGUCAAGACUUUGAAGGGCACAAACUUCGAGAUCGAAGUGAAACUCGAAGAGACGGUGGCUGAUGUCAAGACAAUUAUAGAGACAGCACAGGGUGCAGAUGUGUACCCUGCCCCACAACAGAUGCUUAUUCAUCAGGGGAAAGUUCUUAAGGAUGACACAACUCUAGAACAAAAUAAUGUUGCUGAAAAUAGUUUUAUCGUGAUAAUGUUAACCAAGCCUAAGGCCUCACCAGCCGGAGCCUCCAGUAAGCAAGGUGCAGCCACAAGUCAGGCCCAACCUGCUGGUACUGCUCCUACCUCUGCCGCACCACCCCCAGCAGCUCCAGCUCCAGCUCCUGCUCCAGCUCCUGCACCAGUUGUGGCGGAACCACAGCCCGCCGCUCAAACUGCUGCUGUUGUAGCUCCUACUGAUUCAAGAUCAGAUGUGUAUGGGCAAGCUGCAUCAAACCUAGUUGCAGGAACUACUUUAGAGUCUACCGUUCAGCAAAUUCUAGAUAUGGGUGGAGGAAGUUGGGAUCGGGAAACCGUUGUCCGUGCUUUACGGGCUGCUUUUAACAACCCUGAAAGGGCUGUUGAGUACCUAUAUUCUGGCAUUCCUGAGCAAGCUGAAGCCCCACCAGCGGCCCAAGUUCCUGCUGGUGAACAGGCAGCAAAUCGCAAAUCUCCAGCGCAGGCUCCACAACCAGUAGCACCUACUGGUGGGCCCAAUGCAAACCCACUUGAUCUUUUUCCACAGGGCCUUCCCAACAUGGGUGCAAAUGCCGGUGCGGGCAAUUUGGAUUUCCUACGCAACAGUCCCCAGUUCCAAGCCUUGCGAGCUAUGGUGCAAGCCAACCCCCAAAUUCUACAGCCUAUGCUUCAAGAGUUGGGGAAACAAAAUCCACAUCUAAUGCAGCUCAUUCAAGCUCAUCAAGCUGACUUCUUACGCUUGAUUAAUGAACCCGUUGAAGGGGGUGAAGGGAACCUUUUGGAGCAGUUGGGUGCAGCAGUGCCGCAGGCUGUGACCGUCACCCCUGAAGAGCGAGAGGCCAUUGAACGCCUAGAAGCUAUGGGUUUCGAUCGGGCGCUAGUGCUGGAGGUAUACUUUGCAUGCAACAAGAACGAGGAGCUGGCGGCCAACUAUCUUCUCGAUCACAUGCACGAGUUUGAGGAAUGAUGAUGGCAACUGGGUUUUCUUUGGUCUAUCUUUUCAGUGUCUCAACUCUUUGCCAUGUUGGUUUAAGUUUAAUAGGGUUUCUUAUACUCUUAUUCAGCUACUUGUCUUACAUCUCCCAGCAGACGGUGUCGAUCCCCCUUUUUAUGUUUUGGAUGGCAUAAUUUCUCUGUUUCUAAAUAUUGGUUACCAUAUUCUAUACAGAAUUUUUCUCUUGCAAAAAAGUGGGUGAUUUCGGUUUUA